UAGUUAAUGGACUCUACUCAUGCAUAACGAAAAUGGUUGCUUCAUUGGAAGUACAAGACAAAAUACUUGCAGAACUAAGCAAGUAUAAGAGAGCUGAAGCAUUAUUCGGACAACCUUUAGCAAUCAGACAAAGGGACAAAAUAUCUUCAGGUAAAUUUCAACUAAACGAUUACUCAACGAUACUAGCAACAAGCUCUUCUAUUAAUAUAUAUAUUUUUUUGUUUGUGCCUAUAGUGGAAUGGUGGGAUAAUUUUGGACAAUCAACUCCAAACUUGCAAAAGUUUGUUGUGAGAAUUUUAGGUCUUACUUGUAGUGCUUCUGGAUGCGAGCGUAAUUGGAGUGUGUUUGAACAGCCUCAUAGCAAGAAACGAACUAGGCUUGCUCAAAGUCGUUUGAAUGAUCUAGUGUUCAUCAAAUACAACAGAGCACUAAAACAUCGAAACAACCUACGAGAUAUUGUCGACCCCAUCUCCUUGAAAGAUAUUGAUGAUAGUAAUGAAUGGUUGAUUGGAAGAUUGGAUGACGAUUCUGAGGAGGAUGAUGGGUUGGUAUUUAACGAUGAUUCUUUAACGUGGGGUGAUGUUUCUAGAGCUGCCGGAGCAAAAGAACCAUCAUUCUAUUCUAGAGCUGCCGGAGCAAAAGAACCAUCAUUCUAUUCUAGAGCUAGUACCUCUAGAGCAAAGACUAUUGUUUCAUGUUCAUCCUCGUCUACCACGCAACGAAAACAAGUAAAUUUAGAUGAUUUCGAUUUGGAAGAAGAAGAUACUGAUGGCUAUAAGUCCAACGAAGGAGUGAAUGAAGACGAGGAUCAAUUUAGUGAUGAUGAGUUUGAUCUUUAGGGAUGAACUUUUAUUUUGAUUAUUGACUUGUUGAAUACUGGGUAGUUUUUUGUUGUUUAGGCUACUUAUAUUGGGUACCUAUAUUUUAUACAUUGUUGCUCUGCUAUGUGUGUGUAUAUAUAUAUUUUCUUCUCUUUUUAUAUAUAGUGCGCCUUAUGAAAAAAAGCUCGCGCUUUUUUUUGCGCCUUGCGCCUUGUGCCUAGGCUCCAAAGGACCAAUGCGCCUUGAGCCUUUAAAAACACUGGAUGGAUCAUAUAAUGAUUAUGUCAAGAAAUUCGUCCAAUAUUCUGCACCACUACCGCACAUGGUUGAAAGCAUGCUCUUAGAUGCAUUCGUGACAGGUUUAGAACCGACUCUUCAAGCAGAAGUUAUUAGUAGACACCCUCAAACCUUGGAGGAAUGUAUGAAGGAGGCACAACUGGUAAGUGAUAGAAACCUAGCCUUGAAAUUAGUUAAAGCAGAAUGGGUAAACAAUGUGACUAGGGAAGGAAGAGGCUGAAGCUAGGGACAAAGCAGUCAAGAUAAAAGUUCGCCAAAGAAGACUGAGUUUCCCAUGAAGCAAGUCACUAUUCCCAUUAAAGACCGAGUUAAAAGACUUUCGGACACGGAAUUCAGAGCAAGAUUGGACAAGGGCUUGUGUUUUAGCUGCAAUGAGAAGUACUCAUUGGGACACCGAUGCAAGAUGAGAGAGAAAAGAGAAUUAAUACUCAAUGAGGAAGAGAGUGGCGGGGAGGAAGUCAAAAUGGAAGAGACCGAAGAAGUAAUAGAGCUGAACCAAUUAGUGGUUGCUGAAACCACCGAAAUUGAAUUGAAGACACUAACGGGGUUAACAUCCAAAGGGACAAUGAAACUGAAAGGGCAUGUAAAAGGAAGGGAGGUGGUGAUUCUCAUUGACAGUGGAGCUACGAACAACUUCAUCCAUGAAGCAGUGGCAAUGGAAGGAGGGUUGAGCAUCGAACUCGGUACACAAUUUGGAGUGACUGUUGGAGACGGGACACGCUGUAAAGGGAAAGGUAUUUGUAGAAAGGUGGAACCGAGAUUGAAAGAAAUGACAGUUAUAACCGACUUUCUAGUGGUGGAACUGGGAAAUAUUGACGUGGUUUUAGGGAUGCAAUGGCUAGAUACAACCGGCACAAUGAAGGUACAUUGGCCAUUAUUAACCAUGACCUUUUAGGCAAAAGACAAGCAAAUUGUGUUUAGAGGAGAUCCAUCCUUAGUUAAAGCUGAAUGUUUCUUGAAGACAUUGGAAAAAACGUGGGAUAUAGAAGAUCAAGGCUUUCUCUUAGAAUUCCAGAAUUAUGAGAUGGAAGUAGAGGAUGAAUAUGAAAUGGAAACAAAAGGAGAUGAGGAGGAAAUACCUAUGUUCCGAUCCCUGCUCAAGUAUUAUGCGGAGAUAUUUGAGACACCGAAGAAACUACCUCCAAAAAGAGCUAUUGAUCACAGAAUAUUAACCUUACCGGACCGUAAACCUAUCAACGUAAGACCUUCAAAUACGGUCAUGUGCAUAAAGAAGAAAUCGAAAAACUUGUGGUCGAGAUGCUUCAAGUAGGGGUUAUUCGCCCUAGUCAUAGCCCUUACUCCAGCCCGGUGUUGUUAGUGGAAAAAAAAAAUGGUGGAUGGCGAUUUUGUGUCGAUUACCGCAAGUUAAAUCAAUGACAAUAUCGGCUAAUUUCCCAAUUCCUGUGAUAGAGGAAUUAUUAGAUGAGUUGAAUGGGGCAACGGUUUUCUCGAAAUUAGAUAUGAAAUUUGGUUAUCACCAGAUUAGAAUGAAAGAGGAAGAUGUGGAGAAAACUGCGUUCCGCACACAUGAAGGGCACUACGAGUUUCUAGUGAUGCCAUUUGGUCGCACGAAUGCUCCGACAACCUUCCAAUCCUUGAUGAACUAGGUAUUUAAGCAUUUCCUUCGGCGCUGUGUUUUGGUGUUCUUUGAUGAUGUACUGGUUUAUAGUGCGGAUAUAGAUGAACACGCAAAGCAUUUGGGCAUGGUAUUCAAUGUUCUGAAGGAUAACCAACUGUUUGCUAACAAAAAAAAAAAGCAUUAUAGCCCAUUCUCAAAUACAGUACUUGGGGCAUAUGAUAUCUAAAAGAGAAGUUGAGGCAGAUGACGAAGGUUAGGAUCAAUGAAAUAUGAAUAGGUUCAAAGAAUAUAGAAUAUUGACGAAAAGAAAAGAAGCUCAUUAACGAUAAUGAAAGGCUGCAGAGUAGACGAGGGGAAGGAGUGCAAGUGCUCAAAUAUAAAAGGAUGGUCCUACGGAUAAAUCCUGGGGACUCCGGACUACUUCGGGAGCUAUCCCGGCCAUUUCCGACAAAUUAUCCUUCUUUUCAUCGAUUUGGUCUAUUAAGAAGAAAGAGAUAAAAGGCGCAAUGAAAUAUGCGUUGCGAAAAAGGACGCAGAUGCGCAAAGAAUAGAAUAUGGAUAGUCCUUUGGAUUGGCACAAAAGUCAAUCAAAGAAGAAUUCACUCAUUAACGAUAAUGAAAGAAG